CUCUCUGAUCUGACUAACCUCUUUCAUUCUUUGCCCUGCGUUAUAUGGCUUAGACCAAAGCCUGAGACAUUUAACCAAUUUAUAAAUAUUAAAUGCAGAAGGCAUACUUUAUCAGUUCCUGGAAACAUCAAAGAAGCUGGAAGGGGAAUGGAAAUUGGAUGGCACUUUGUGGAGGUCACUUUGCUGACAGUCAAGUAUUCAAAGAUCUCCUAAGAUACCCAGUCUUUAAAGUAUUAUACAAAAUAUCAGGCCCAGUCCCAAGGCGCAACUUGCGGCAGCAGCCCGCGCCAGCAGCCUGCACCAGCAAAAUAGCAGUAGCAAGAAGAGAGCCAGCAGAAGACACCUACCCUGGCCGGAAGACGCAUACCCCUGAAGAUGGAGGAAGAGGCCAUCCGGGUACAAGGUAGCAGUUACGUCAGACUAAGACACUUCCUGUUUAUAGGAGACUAUAAAACCUUUGCCCUGUCCUCACUAGGGGCUGACACCAUUUUAGGCCUCAGACCGCCUGCACCCAGGCGCUCAUUAAAACAGCAUGUUGCUUCCACCGCCUCAUGUUGUCUGUUGGCGCGCUCUCGGGGUUCGAACCAGUACAAGAACCUUAGAUAUAUGAUACUGCACCAAAUAAAAGUAGUCUAAAAUAACAACAGCCAAUAUAGGCACAAACCUGAAAGUGUCUGCAUAGAAGUAACACAUCCAUGUACUUGAUAAACUAAAGUGUAGAUAUUUUAUGCGGAAUAAACUUUGAAGCGAGGAAUACC